AUGUCUACUGAAUCCAACACCGCUGCUGCCACCACUUCGGCCACCACUGCCGCCAUCAUUUCCUCCACCAUGGAGAACACUGGACCGGUCAAAACAUCGUCGAUUCCAUCGAUGAUGCCAACUCCCGGGCUCUAUCCAUCUUCAUCAACAACCCCUUGGGUGGAUGUUAACACUCAUGGGCUCACUAGUGGAUCCACCUCGAGUGGAUCAGUUGGUUCCACUUUUAGUGGUUCCUUCGAAUCCUUUAAUGGAUCAAGUGCUGGGCCUUCGGGUCUCACACGGGUGCUGAGCUCCGGGUCUCACACGAGUGCUGGUGCCUCCGGAACCAACAUGGGUAUUGGCUCCUUCAGGACCAAUAUGAACAUGUCGGGCUCUAUGCCUAACAUGAGCAUGGCGGGCUCUACGCCCAACAAGAAUGGUGGGGGCUCUAUGCCCAACAUGUUGUUGGCUCUUUCGGGGGCAACGAGAUUGGUUCCUUCCAUGGACCAAGUUCGGCACCAUUGA